AUGAUAUCAAUGUAUGAAAAUGAUAGAGAGUUGAUAAAAAAAUUACGGCAUCAAAUAUCUGAAUUAGAACAGAAUAUAGAAGCAUUAGAGAAGACAAAUACUGAAUUACUCAAUAAACUCGAUGCAUACAAUAUGCGAGGUAUGUGUGAUACAGAAAAGACGAAAAUAUUAACUUAUAAACAUAGACCUGGAGAAAUAAUUAAAAGGAACUUAUCAUCUGAAGUGACGGAACUACGACUGUUAACGGAACGUCAACGGCAGCGUAUUCAAGUCUUAGAAGAACGUGUUGUCUAUUUAACAGAACAUCGUGGUCAAGGGAAGGGGGACAAUGAUGUCACAAUGGAUUUAGAUGUUACAAAUACUGUGGAAAAUCGAUUACGCUCUAAUCCAGAUCCAUUAACUGAACUUGCAGAAGUGAAAGAACAACUUCGUGUAGAACGUUUACGUGCUGAUCGAUUAAUGGAGUUAUUUAAUAAAGCUAAACUGAAAUAUCGUUCAUGUUGUCGUGAUCUAUUAGGAUAUCGUAUAAACAUUCAAUCAUGUGGUGAUUGUCAAGUCUAUCCUGUUUUUACAUCCAAUGAUGCAGAUAAUUUAUACUUUAAGGAAGUGGAUGGAAAAUUCAUAUUAGUGGAUAAUAAAUUCACUGAAUCUUUACCAGAUGAAAUUCAUAACUAUUUAAAGGUGAAUCAUUCUAUUCCAGGAUUUUUAGCCUCACUUACAUUGUACUAUCUUCAAGAGAAUACACUAUUAUUAUGA